UCCCUCCCCAUUCUACACUCCUCAAUCAUCUUCAUCGCUCAGCAAAUCAAAAUCAACCGAAGCCCGUAGAAGAAAACUACCACCUUCCGAACAAAACCCUAAUGCGUGUUCUCCGUUCAUUAUUAAUUAACAGCAUUGGAUUAUUAAUCUCGCCAUAAUCUCUUUCCCAAUAAUAAAUAACACAUAGAAAAAAUGGAUUCGGAUGAAGAAGAUUUUGUGUUCUACGGAACGCCCAUAGAGCGUGAAGAAGAGUUAACUAGCCGCAAAAAGAAGGCCAUUGCUGAGUCCUCUGGUCAACUUCGAACACUUCCAGCUUGGAAGCAAGAGGUUAGAGAUGAGGAAGGACGGAGAAGAUUCCAUGGGGCAUUUACUGGAGGCUAUUCGGCUGGUUACUAUAAUACAGUGGGCUCAAAGGAGGGGUGGACUCCUCAGACUUUCAGAUCCUCCAGGAAGAACAGAGCUGAGUUCAAAGAGCAGAACAUAUUAAACUUUCUAGAUGAAGAUGAGAAAGCUGAAUUGGAUGGUCGGUUUUUGGGGACAUCUUCACAGUUUGACACAUUUGGUUUUACUGCUGCUGAAAUUGCUCGGAAACAAGCUGAGAAAGAGCAGAAGCAUAGGCCAUCUGUUAUUCCUGGACCUGCUCCUGAUGAACUAAUUCAACCAGCUACAGAGUCUAUUGGGGUAAAACUACUAUUGAAGAUGGGAUGGAGGCGUGGUCGCUCAAUUAAGGAUUCCCAUGCUGAUGCACUCUAUGAUGCCAGAAGACAGGCCAGGAGAGCUUUCUUAGCAUUUUCCUCAGAUGAUCCAAAAGUCAACACUAGUGAGUCUGAGCAGAACAAGGAUGAUGUUGAAACUUUUCUUGAGCAGUCUACUAAUGACGAUGUUCAGUCUUCUAAGAGCACACCAGUUUUUGUGCUCAACCCAAAGCAAGACCUGUAUGGCUUAGGUUUUGAUCCUUAUAAACAUGCUCCUGAGUUUAGAGGAUGCUGAGGAUGAGGAUGUCUAUGCCACUGGUUUUGAAUUUGAAGAUACAUAUGUUCAAGAAGUUGAAGAACCUUCAACGUUGAGGUUGGAAAAUCAGAAAAAGAAGGAUCAGAAGGAUCAGAAGGACCAUGAUAAUCUACCUGGUUUUAGAGUUGCAUCCAAUACUGACUAUCAAAUGGAAAGAUUUGAGGCUCCUCCAAUUCCCAAGGAUUUUGUGCCUCGCCAUUCAUUUUCCGGGCCUCUUGAGAUUAAUCACAAGAACUAUGAUCUACCUCCUCCAGAUAUUCCACCUCCUGAGGAUAGCAACCUAAAAAUAUUGAUUGAGGGGGUUGCAAAUCUGGUUGCUAGAUGUGGUAAAUUAUAUGAGGAUAUAUCUAGAGAAAAGAAUCAGUCAAAUCCGUUGUUUAGUUUUCUCUCUGGUGGUACUGGCCAUGAUUAUUAUGCAAGGAAACUGUGGGAGGCACAACAAAAAUGCAAAGACAAAACUAAGCCACUUUUGGAUGGGAAGGUUUCUUCUGAUGUAAAGAGGCUGACAGCUGAGAGCCGAGGCCAGAUCUUAGGGGAAAAACCUCUAGAAAGAAGCUUGCAAGAUCCAUCAUCUUCUGUUGCUUCCACAGAUGUUCAUCUCCAGUUUAAUCUUACGGAUACAUUUACAAAGUCUGAACCAUUUGGUGAGUUACCAGAUGUUGAAAAGCCUUUCAAGCAUGAUCCUGCAAAACAAGAAAGAUUUGAGCAGUUUCUCAAAGACAAAUAUAGAGGGGGUUUACGAUCUACUAAAUCAAGCUUAGCUGGUGAUAUGUCAGAAGCUGCUCGUGCUCGAGAGAGACUAGAUUUUGAGGCUGCAGCUGAGGCAAUAUUAAAAGGAAAGGAGGGAAAGGAAAGCAAUCUAGGCAUUCCAUCAUCCAUGGAUUUCAUCACAGGUGGUCUUAUGCAGUUUACUUCUGGAGAAGCAGAGUUAUUUUAUCAUGUCCAACAGCCAAAGAAAGAUCUGCAAAGUGAAGAUUUGGCGCAGAAGAAGAAGUACCCUAGAAGGGAAGAAUUUCAAUGGCGCCCUUCAGCACUUCUCUGCAAGCGUUUUGAUCUCAUUGAUCCGUACAUGGGGAAGCCGGCACCUGCUCCGCGGAGUAGGAGCAAGUUGGAUUCAUUGAUUUUCACAUCAGACUCGGCCAAAGGCGCCAAAAUAGAAGAGCCUGUUCUUUCUAAGAACAUAUCGUAUGUGCAACAAUCAGCUAAUCAAGACAUAACUAAAAGUACUGCUGAAAGUGAAACUGAAGGGGAUGUGGAAGUUGAAAACAUUGAAAGGCCAGUUGAUCUGUACAAGGCUAUUUUCUCUGAUGAUUCAGAUGAUGGAGGUGAAGACCCUAAUAAUCUUGAGAAAGUGGAGAAUCAAGAAAAGAAAGCUGAAGUAGCCAAUACAGCAUUGAGUCGUUUGAUUGCUGGUGACUUUCUAGAAUCAUUGGGUAAAGAACUAGGGCUUGAGGUUCCUCCUGAUAUGCCUUACCCCUCACAAAAAUUCAGGAAUACUGCUUCUCAGGAAGAAAAUAUCAACGAACAUUCAAGAACAAACACACUAAAUGUUGAACACAACAGUGAGAUGCCACCAAAUCAUGGUUUGCCAUCUGAUCAGGACACUGUAUAUGAGGGUGGACCCUCAAAAGGUGACGUCAUUCAUGCAAAUAUGCUUGAGAGUGGUAGCACAAAAAUCAAUGCUACUGGAAUCUAUGACAGUAAAUCCAGUAAGUCCAAUGGGGAGAGAUAUAAAAAUGACAUGAAAAUCAAAUCGCCUUUACCCCGGGAACAAGAUCAUAGCAGUGGUUCAUCAUCAGAAGAGGAAAGGAAGAGAAAACGCUCAGGUAAGUCUAGCAGGGAUAAACAUGAAGAGUACAGGAAAACUAAAACUCUUUCAACACACCGCCGAGACUAUAGCAGUGGUUCUUCAUCUGAAGAGGAAAGCAGUAGAAAACGUUCCAGGCAUCAUCGACAUAGGAGGCGGACAGAAAGCGAUCCAUCCAGUGAAAGGGAUCGACAUGGUUCAAGGUCAAAAGAGAGAAAGAAAGGGUCUUCUCGAGAGAAAAGCAGUCGGAGUAGAAAACACUCAAAACAUCACAAGCACAGAAGACAUUAAUCUCCAAGUAGAUUGUCUCAUUAUAGCGCAGAUAAGGACAAUGCACAUUCAAAAAGGGAGAAAAAGUGUAGGGGAUGAGCUAGUAGUGCAUAUCUUAUGUUUCAAGAACUUCCUUGCAAUUACGGUAGACCAGACACUGCCAUUUCUGUAUUGAAAAGGUGUUCUAAGUUUUGGUAUUGAUGAUGAUGCUGUCUUGUGCAGUUUCUAGCAAUGCACAUAUUUUGCUGGCUCAAACUCGAGGCUUAUUUUAUUACUAAUAGUUUUUUUUCUUUUUUUCACCAGUGUGAAGGAAUGCUGCUCAGUGCUUUGAUUAAAUUUUCCUGAAUCAUCCCUUCACGAAUGUACUAUGUAUAUAGUUCAAUGUUGGCCGGUCUCAUAACUCCUUGGUCUCAGGGUUUUGAUUUAUAAGCUAGCUGAAAGCAUUAUUCACAGAA